AUGGAGGCCUUUCCGAGGGUUUCCGCCGGUAUGGUUCGUCUCGGUGGGUGUGUCAGGACGGCCGGAAACCGCAUUACGGGCGCUACGGUCGCCAGCCGACAGGAGGGAGACAUGGAGGCCUUUCCGAGGGUUUCCGCCGGUAUGGUUCGUCUCGGUGGGUGUGUCAGGACGGCCGGAAACCGCGGUACGGGCGCUACGAUCGCCAGCCGACAGGAGGGAGACAUGGAGGCCUUUCCGAGGGUUUCCGCCGGUAUGGCUCGUCUCGGUGGGUGUGUCAGGACGGCCGGAAACAGCCGUACGGGCGCUACGAUCGCCAGCCGACAGGAGGGAGACAUGGAGGCCUUUCCGAGGGUUUCCGCCGGUAUGGCUCGUCUCGGUGGGUGUGUCAGGACGGCCGGAAACCGCGGUACGGGCGCUACGAUCGCCAGCCGACAGGAGGGAGACAUGGAGGCCUUUCCGAGGGUUUCCGCCGGUAUGGUUCGUCUCGGUGGGUGUGUCAGGACGGCCGGAAACCGCGGUACGGGCGCUACGAUCGCCAGCCGACAGGAGGGAGACAUGGAGGCCUUUCCGAGGGUUUCCGCCGGUAUGGCUCGUCUCGGUGGGUGUGUCAGGACGGCCGGAAACCGCGGUACGGGCGCUACGAUCGCCAGCCGACAGGAGGGAGACAUGGAGGCCUUUCCGAGGGUUUCCGCCGGUAUGGUUCGUCUCGGUGGGUGUGUCAGGACGGCCGGAAACCGCGGUACGGGCGCUACGAUCGCCAGCCGACAGGAGGGAGACAUGGAGGCCUUUCCGAGGGUUUCCGCCGGUAUGGCUCGUCUCGGUGGGUGUGUCAGGACGGCCGGAAACAGCCGUACGGGCGCUACGAUCGCCAGCCGACAGGAGGGAGACAUGGAGGCCUUUCCGAGGGUUUCCGCCGGUAUGGUUCGUCUCGGUGGGUGUGUCAGGACGGCCGGAAACAGCCGUACGGGCGCUACGAUCGCCAGCCGACAGGAGGGAGACAUGGAGGCCUUUCCGAGGGUUUCCGCCGGUAUGGCUCGUCUCGGUGGGUGUGUCAGGACGGCCGGAAACCGCGGUACGGGCGCUACGAUCGCCAGCCGACAGGAGGGAGACAUGGAGGCCUUUCCGAGGGUUUCCGCCGGUAUGGCUCGUCUCGGUGGGUGUGUCAGGACGGCCGGAAACAGCCGUACGGGCGCUACGAUCGCCAGCCGACAGGAGGGAGACAUGGAGGCCUUUCCGAGGGUUUCCGCCGGUAUGGCUCGUCUCGGUGGGUGUGUCAGGACGGCCGGAAACAGCCGUACGGGCGCUACGAUCGCCAGCCGACAGGAGGGAGACAUGGAGGCCUUUCCGAGGGUUUCCGCCGGUAUGGCUCGUCUCGGUGGGUGUGUCAGGACGGCCGGAAACCGCGGUACGGGCGCUACGAUCGCCAGCCGACAGGAGGGAGACAUGGAGGCCUUUCCGAGGGUUUCCGCCGGUAUGGCUCGUCUCGGUGGGUGUGUCAGGACGGCCGGAAACAGCCGUACGGGCGCUACGAUCGCCAGCCGACAGGAGGGAGACAUGGAGGCCUUUCCGAGGGUUUCCGCCGGUAUGGCUCGUCUCGGUGGGUGUGUCAGGACGGCCGGAAACCGCGGUACGGGCGCUACGAUCGCCAGUCGACAGGAGGGAGACAUGGAGGCCUUUCGGAGGGUUUCCGCCGGUAUGGCUCGUCUCGGUGGGUGUGUCAGGACGGCCGGAAACCGCGGUACGGGCGCUACGAUCGCCAGCCGACAGGAGGGAGACAUGGAGAUCUUUCCGAGGGUUUCCGCCGGUAUGGCUCGUCUCGGUGGGUGUGUCAGGACGGCCGGAAACCGCGGUACGGGCGCUACGAUCGCCAGCCGACAGGAGGGAGACAUGGAGGCCUUUCCGAGGGUUUCCGCCGGUAUGGCUCGUCUCGGUGGGUGUGUCAGGACGGCCGGAAACAGCCGUACGGGCGCUACGAUCGCCAGCCGACAGGAGGGAGACAUGGAGGCCUUUCCGAGGGUUUCCGCCGGUAUGGUUCGUCUCGGUGGGUGUGUCAGGACGGCCGGAAACCGCGGUACGGGCGCUACGAUCGCCAGCCGACAGGAGGGAGACAUGGAGAUCUUUCCGAGGGUUUCCGCCGGUAUGGCUCGUCUCGGUGGGUGUGUCAGGACGGCCGGAAACCGCGGUACGGGCGCUACGAUCGCCAGCCGACAGGAGGGAGACAUGGAGGCCUUUCCGAGGGUUUCCGCCGGUAUGGCUCGUCUCGGUGGGUGUGUCAGGACGGCCGGAAACAGCCGUACGGGCGCUACGAUCGCCAGCCGACAGGAGGGAGACAUGGAGGCCUUUCCGAGGGUUUCCGCCGGUAUGGCUCGUCUCGGUGGGUGUGUCAGGACGGCCGGAAACAGCCGUACGGGCGCUACGAUCGCCAGCCGACAGGAGGGAGACAUGGAGGCCUUUCCGAGGGUUUCCGCCGGUAUGGUUCGUCUCGGUGGGUGUGUCAGGACGGCCGGAAACCGCGGUACGGGCGCUACGAUCGCCAGCCGACAGGAGGGAGACAUGGAGGCCUUUCCGAGGGUUUCCGCCGGUAUGGCUCGUCUCGGUGGGUGUGUCAGGACGGCCGGAAACAGCCGUACGGGCGCUACGAUCGCCAGCCGACAGGAGGGAGACAUGGAGGCCUUUCCGAGGGUUUCCGCCGGUAUGGCUCGUCUCGGUGGGUGUGUCAGGACGGCCGGAAACAGCCGUACGGGCGCUACGAUCGCCAGCCGACAGGAGGGAGACAUGGAGGCCUUUCCGAGGGUUUCCGCCGGUAUGGCUCGUCUCGGUGGGUGUGUCAGGACGGCCGGAAACAGCCGUACGGGCGCUACGAUCGCCAGCCGACAGGAGGGAGACAUGGAGGCCUUUCCGAGGGUUUCCGCCGGUAUGGCUCGUCUCGGUGGGUGUGUCAGGACGGCCGGAAACAGCGGUACGGGCGCUACGAUCGCCAGCCGACAGGAGGGAGACAUGGAGGCCUUUCCGAGGGUUUCCGCCGGUAUGGCUCGUCUCGGUGGGUGUGUCAGGACGGCCGGAAACAGCCGUACGGGCGCUACGAUCGCCAGCCGACAGGAGGGAGACAUGGAGGCCUUUCCGAGGGUUUCCGCCGGUAUGGCUCGUCUCGGUGGGUGUGUCAGGACGGCCGGAAACAGCCGUACGGGCGCUACGAUCGCCAGCCGACAGGAGGGAGACAUGGAGGCCUUUCCGAGGGUUUCCGCCGGUAUGGCUCGUCUCGGUGGGUGUGUCAGGACGGCCGGAAACCGCAUUACGGGCGCUACGGUCGCCAGCCGACAGGAGGGAGACAUGGAGGCCUUUCCGAGGGUUUCCGCCGGUAUGGCUCGUCUCGGUGGGUGUGUCAGGACGGCCGGAAACCGCGGUACGGGCGCUACGAUCGCCAGCCGACAUGAGGGAGACAUGGAGGCCUUUCCGAGGGUUUCCGCCGGUAUGGCUCGUCUCGGUGGGUGUGUCAGGACGGCCGGAAACCGCGGUACGGGCGCUACGAUCGCCAGCCGACAGGAGGGAGACAUGGAGGCCUUUCCGAGGGUUUCCGCCGGUAUGGCUCGUCUCGGUGGGUGUGUCAGGACGGCCGGAAACCGCGGUACGGGCGCUACGAUCGCCAGCCGACAGGAGGGAGACAUGGAGGCCUUUCCGAGGGUUUCCGCCGGUAUGGCUCGUCUCGGUGGGUGUGUCAGGACGGCCGGAAACCGCGGUACGGGCGCUACGAUCGCCAGCCGACAGGAGGGAGACAUGGAGGCCUUUCCGAGGGUUUCCGCCGGUAUGGUUCGUCUCGGUGGGUGUGUCAGGACGGCCGGAAACCGCGGUACGGGCGCUACGAUCGCCAGCCGACAGGAGGGAGACAUGGAGGCCUUUCCGAGGGUUUCCGCCGGUAUGGCUCGUCUCGGUGGGUGUGUCAGGACGGCCGGAAACAGCCGUACGGGCGCUACGAUCGCCAGCCGACAGGAGGGAGACAUGGAGGCCUUUCCGAGGGUUUCCGCCGGUAUGGCUCGUCUCGGUGGGUGUGUCAGGACGGCCGGAAACAGCCGUACGGGCGCUACGAUCGCCAGCCGACAGGAGGGAGACAUGGAGGCCUUUCCGAGGGUUUCCGCCGGUAUGGUUCGUCUCGGUGGGUGUGUCAGGACGGCCGGAAACCGCGGUACGGGCGCUACGAUCGCCAGCCGACAGGAGGGAGACAUGGAGGCCUUUCCGAGGGUUUCCGCCGGUAUGGCUCGUCUCGGUGGGUGUGUCAGGACGGCCGGAAACCGCGGUACGGGCGCUACGAUCGCCAGCCGACAGGAGGGAGACAUGGAGGCCUUUCCGAGGGUUUCCGCCGGUAUGGCUCGUCUCGGUGGGUGUGUCAGGACGGCCGGAAACCGCGGUACGGGCGCUACGAUCGCCAGCCGACAGGAGGGAGACAUGGAGGCCUUUCCGAGGGUUUCCGCCGGUAUGGUUCGUCUCGGUGGGUGUGUCAGGACGGCCGGAAACAGCCGUACGGGCGCUACGAUCGCCAGCCGACAGGAGGGAGACAUGGAGGCCUUUCCGAGGGUUUCCGCCGGUAUGGCUCGUCUCGGUGGGUGUGUCAGGACGGCCGGAAACAGCCGUACGGGCGCUACGAUCGCCAGCCGACAGGAGGGAGACAUGGAGGCCUUUCCGAGGGUUUCCGCCGGUAUGGGCCGGAAACAGCUGUACGGGCGCUACGAUCGCCAGCCGACAGGAGGGAGACAUGGAGGCCUUUCCGAGGGUUUCCGCCGGUAUGGUUCGUCUCGGGCCGGAAACCGCGGUACGGGCGCUACGAUCGCCAGCCGACAGGAGGGAGACAUGGAGGCCUUUCCGAGGGUUUCCGCCGGUAUGGCUCGUCUCGGUGGGUGUGUCAGGACGGCCGGAAACAGCCGUACGGGCGCUACGAUCGCCAGCCGACAGGAGGGAGACAUGGAGGCCUUUCCGAGGGUUUCCGCCGGUAUGGCUCGUCUCGGUGGGUGUGUCAGGACGGCCGGAAACAGCCGUACGGGCGCUACGAUCGCCAGCCGACAGGAGGGAGACAUGGAGGCCUUUCCGAGGGUUUCCGCCGGUAUGGUUCGUCUCGGUGGGUGUGUCAGGACGUAA